UUAAAUACGACCUAGGCAACAUUUCUCUGCAUGCCACUAGCCACGUGGUCCUAUAGAGCAUGGCCACCUUUAGCUUCCGGAGCACCAGCUCAGAGUGAUGACAAUUUGAACCCUAGUGGAGAGGGUUGGGAACAGCGUGGGCGGUUCCGGCCAGGGGGCCGGGAUUAUGUAAUUUUCCCAGCAGCCCCACCUUGUCUCAGCUGGGCGGGGGAGGAGGAGGUCUCGCGCGGUUCCCGAGGCUGCGUCCCGCCCCCGCUCCCCAACUGCGCGCAGGCGCGGACAGUCCGCACGCAUUCUACGUAACGGAUAGCGGAGGGUACGUGAAGAGUGGCUCAGCGUGACUGAGCUACCUGGUACGGCUGUGUCCUAGAGGGAUCGGGAGUGGUAAAAUCUCGGUGAUCGCGCAGGUGGCGGCCGGGCGGAGAAACGACGGCUGCAGGAGCGCUUGGCUAGGUUCUAGCCGCUGGUACAGGUGCAAUGAAAGCCUUCCUUGCUUUCUGUGUUGUCCUUUUGGUGUUUGGGAGUGUCUCUGAAGCCAAAUUUGAUGAUUUUGAGGAUGAGGAAGACAUAGUGGAAUAUGAUGAUAAUGAUUUUGCUGAAUUUGAAGAUGUCACAGAAGAUUCUAUUACUGAAUCUCCUCAACGGGUGAUAACUACUGAAGAUGAUGAAGAUGAGACCACCGUGGAGUUGGAAGGGCAGGAUGAAAACCAAGAAGGAGAUUUUGAAGAUGCAGAUACCCAGGAGGGAGAUACGGAGAGUGAGCCAUAUGAUGAUGAAGAAUUUGAAGGUUAUGAAGACAAACCAGACACUUCUUCUAGCAAAAAUAAAGACCCAAUAACAAUUGUUGAUGUUCCUGCACACCUCCAGAACAGUUGGGAGAGUUAUUAUCUAGAAAUUUUGAUGGUAACUGGUCUGCUCGCCUACAUCAUGAAUUAUAUCAUCGGGAAGAAUAAAAACAGCCGCCUUGCCCAAGCCUGGUUUAACACUCAUAGAGAGCUUCUGGAGAGCAACUUUACCUUAGUAGGGGAUGAUGGAACUAACAAAGAAGCCACAAGCACAGGAAAGCUGAACCAGGAGAACGAACAUAUCUACAACCUGUGGUGUUCUGGUCGAGUGUGCUGUGAAGGGAUGCUUAUCCAGCUGAGGUUCCUCAAGAGACAAGACUUACUGAAUGUCCUGGCCCGGAUGAUGAGACCAGUGAGUGAUCAAGUGCAAAUAAAAGUAACCAUGAACGAUGAAGACAUGGAUACCUAUGUAUUUGCUGUUGGCACUCGGAAAGCCUUGGUGCGACUCCAGAAGGAGAUGCAGGAUCUGAGUGAGUUCUGUAGCGACAAACCUAAGUCUGGAGCAAAGUAUGGACUGCCAGACUCCUUGGCCAUCCUGUCAGAGAUGGGAGAAGUCACGGAGGGAAUGAUGGAUACAAAGAUGGUUCACUUUCUUACUCACUAUGCUGACAAGAUUGAAUCCGUUCAUUUUUCAGACCAGUUCUCUGGUCCAAAAAUUAUGCAAGAGGAAGGUCAGCCUUUAAAGCUACCUGACACUAAAAGGACACUAUUGUUUACAUUUAAUGUGCCUGGCUCAGGUAACACUUACCCAAAGGAUAUGGAGGCUUUGCUACCCUUGAUGAACAUGGUGAUUUAUUCUAUUGAUAAAGCCAAAAAGUUCCGACUCAACAGAGAGGGCAAACAAAAAGCAGAUAAAAACAGAGCUCGAGUAGAAGAAAACUUCCUGAAGCUAACACAUGUGCAAAGACAGGAAGCUGCACAGUCUCGGCGUGAGGAAAAGAAAAGAGCAGAGAAGGAGCGAAUCAUGAAUGAGGAAGAUCCUGAGAAACAGCGCAGGCUGGAGGAAGCUGCCUUGAGGCGUGAACAAAAGAAAUUAGAGAAGAAGCAAAUGAAAAUGAAACAAAUCAAAGUGAAAGCCAUGUAAAGUCAUCCCAGAGAUCUGAGUCCUGGUGCCACCUGGAAGCUCUGAAUUCACAGAGAACAAAAAAUACCAGUCCCUUUCUCAAAGUCCAAACACUCCCAAGUGACUAAGAAAUCCUUAUUUCAUCAUCUGUUCUGUUUUUGGAGUUUUACAGAGGUUAUAGACGCAAGGGAAGGACUCUGUUUCUGUAAUUCUCGUCCAAAUAACCAAAUUAUUUUGAUUAUUUUAUGAAAGGAAUAUAUAAGAUUUGUGUAGUGUUAAAAUAUUUUUAAAAUUAUAACACAAAUCACCAGUGCUUUUAGUGCUUUGAUGUUUGAAGAAAUAUCAUGAAGUUUAUAGAUAUAUAAUUAGAUUGUUGCUUUUUGUUUAAACUGGGUAGUUGCAAAGGCUAUGAAGACUGACUCUAAACCAAGAUUCCACAAAUAACUAUUGGAAUUGCACAAUAAACAUUGCUUGGUGUUUUCUUCUUGUGUACAUUAACCUUAUAAAAAAGUAAAAUUUAGAACACUAUAUGUGGUAGUGCAAUUUCAGGGACUCAAAACAAUGUAGUUCAAUGUAUGUUUUGUAGGUGGGAGGUGCUGAUGACAGUGUUAUAUCUAUAGGGUUUAGGAUACUUACAUGUACAUGGAAAAUUCUAAGGAUAGGUAGUACAGGAGCACAGUUUCUUCCUUACCUGAUACCAUGAGCUAAUGACAAUGUGAAUGCUGUAUUUAAGUGGGUGUAUGUUUUCCUUGAGUAACAAAUGCAUGAAAAAUUAACUGCUUCACCUAGAUCAGAUCAGUGGUCUAUGUGAAGUCACACAUGUUUUUCCUUCUUGGUUGUUGCAAACUAUUGGAUGUUCAUAGAGAAGCUCUAUUCUCUGUGUAUGGCUGUGUCCCUUUGCUUCUCCUUCUGCUUUUAUUUCUUCCACAGUUGAGGCUGGGUAUGUUCUUUCAAAGAAAUAGCCAUGAAUAUGCAUAAAUAUACUUUUAAAAAUGAGCUUUCCUAAACUAUUGAGAGUUCUUUCUGCCUCUUGAGGAAGGAACUCUUUGAGGAGAGGCCCAUCUAUCUGCACGAGCAUUUAGCUUGUUCAGAUUUCUGCAUUUUAUAAAUGCUUCCUACUAAGAAAGCAUUUUUUAAGUCACUGCUUGUACCAGGUAAUUUUUGCUGGGGAUGGGAAAAGGUUGGGUUUUUUGGUGGGAGAGGGGUGGGUGGAUAUUUUUUUGUUGAUGCUUUAUGUACAGGUGUGUUCUUAGGCAAUAACAAGUUGCUGUGAAAACAGUAUGUGCUGCUGCCUUUGUAACUGCAUGGAAACUUUCCACAUGGGUUUUUCUCUAAGUUAAUGCAGAAAUGUGUAAACUGGGAGAUGCAAAUGUAAUAUUUUUUUUAACAGUUCAUGAAAUUAAGUUAUUAAAAUAACAAAAAUAACAUUUAAUUACUUUAAUGCUAUAGAAUUCUAGAAUUAGCCUUGUUUUACAAAGUUUAAAAUAGGUUUUAGAAAUCAAAGUUGAUAUGCUUAGCUAUCUUUUGAUUAAUAAAAGCUUUCUUAAAGUCCCACACAUUUGGACCAUGGCAGCUAAUUUUGUAAUUUAAGCAUUCAUAUGAACUACCUAUGGACAUAUAUUAAACUAAUUGACAAAAA